ACACCGGAGCUGUUCGUGCGCUCGGAGUUGCAUCAGCCGCCCAAAGGAGUCCUCCUUCACGGGCCGCCCGGUUGUGGCAAAACGAUGAUCGCGAAGGCGACGGCCAAGGAGGCGGGCGCUCGGUUCAUAAACCUGGAGGUGCCGGCGCUCACCGACAAGUGGUACGGAGAGUCGCAGAAGUUGGCCGCAGCGGUGUUCACACUGGCGCUGAAGCUGCAGCCGUGCAUUAUCUUCAUCGACGAGAUCGACUCGUUCUUGAGGUCGCGCGACACCCACGACCACGAGGCCACUGCUAUGAUGAAGGCCCAGUUCAUGAUCCUCUGGGACGGACUCAUAUCCGCCAAACACUGUCAGGUGAUAGUUAUGGGCGCCACCAAUAGGCCGCAAGACGUGGACAAAGCAAUACUGCGCCGAAUGCCGGCUAUGUUUCAGAUCCAUCUGCCGAGUAAAGCCAAACGAAGAGCGAUCAUCGAUCUGGUCCUCGAACGCGAAGAACUCAACGCUAACGUCGAUUUGGACACCGUUUCCGACAUCACCGACGGCUUCUCCGGAAGUGAUCUCAAGGAGUUGUGCAGAACUGCUGCCAUGUUUAGAGUCAAGGAGUUCUCCACUCAUUUGCUGAGCGCUUUGCCGGCAGACAUGACGUGUGAGGACAGGGACCUCAUGUCACCCGACCUCAUAGCCAGUCUUCGAUGCAUUAAUAUGAAUGACUUCCUGUCGGCCGUUCAGAAGAUGAAGGAAAGCAAAGUAAUGAUGGUUUCCGGCCAUUCGGUCAUUGGUCUCGACUAG